GAAGAAGGUGAGAGCAUCAAAGAGUCCCACAGUAUCAGGAAAAAGUCCAAGAAAAAGAGGCGUAAAUCCGUUGCUCUUGCCACCUCUAGUGACUCUGCCUCAGUGCUAGACAGCAGGGCUGGCGAUGUCCUCAUGGACUCACCAGAAGGCAGUGGUACUUUGAGGGAAGAGGAUGUGGACCACAGGCCAACAGAGGCAGAAGCUCAGGCUUGUUCCACUGAGAAGCACAGGGAAGAGAUGCAGAGGUUAGAACCUACCCAUGAAGAAGAAAGCAAUUUGGAAUCAGCUAGCAAUUCUGCAACAAGAUACAUAUCUGAGGACAGGAGCGAUUCUGAUGAAUCAGAUGUGGAUUUAGGCUCUGCGGUAAGACAGCUCCAAGAGUUCAUUCCUGACAUGACAGACAGACAGAUGAAUGUAGUGGGUUUGCUUCAUUACUGACAGUCUGUACUUUACUCCCUCACUCCAACUCUAGGUGUGGCUAUUAGAUUUGGCAAAUUUUCUGCUAAAGAAAAUAAACAAAUAGAGAAAAAUGUGCAAGAUUUCCUGUCCCUGACUGGAAUUGAGAGUGCAGACAAGCUGCUGUACACAGACAGAUACCCAAACGAAAAGUCUCUGAUCACCAACCUAAAACGGAAGCAUGCCUUCAGACUGCAUAUUGGGAAGGGCAUUGCUCGACCGUGGAAGCUUGUAUACUAUCGCGCGAAGAAGAUAUUUGAUGUGAAUAACUACAAAGGCAGGUACAAUGAAGAAGAUACUAAGAAGCUGAAGGCGUACCAUUCCCUCCAUGGAAACGACUGGAAAAAGAUUGGGGCCAUGGUGGCCCGAAGCAGCCUCUCAGUUGCCCUCAAGUUCUCUCAGAUUGGUGGUAAUAGAAACCAUGGUGCUUGGAGUAAGGCAGAAACCCAGAGGCUAAUCAAGGCUGUGGAGAACGUGAUCCUGAAGAGGAUGUCUCCCCAGGAGUUAAGAGAGCUGAAUUCUAGACUCCAGGAAGACCCUGAAGGCCGCCUGUCAAUUGUCCGGGAAAAACUCUACAAGGGCAUAUCAUGGGUGGAGGUGGAAGCUAGAGUGGAGACCCGGAACUGGAUGCAGUGCAAAAGUAAGUGGACAGAGAUUCUUACCAAAAGGAUGACCCAUGGUGGGUUUGUGUAUCGUGGGGUCAAUGCCCUGCAGGCCAAAAUCACCCUUAUUGAAAGGUUGUAUGAACUAAAUGUGAAUGAUGCUAAUGAAAUAGAUUGGGAAGAUCUUGCUAGUGCCAUAGGGGAUGUUCCUCCACCUUUUGUUCAGGCAAAAUUUUAUAAGCUGAAAGCUGCCUGCGUUCCCUUUUGGCAGAAAAAGACUUUUCCAGAAAUCAUUGACUACUUAUAUGAGAACAGUCUGCCUUUGCUGAGGGAAAAGUUAAACAAGAAGAUGGAGAAAAAAGACAGGCAGAUCCAAACACCCUCGGCUCCCAAACAAGACUUCCUGUUCAAAGACAUCUUCCAUUGCGAUGAUGACAGUGAUGAAGCGGGUUCCGAGGAGCCUGGUGCCUCUGAUGUGCAGUGACUGGAUUGCCACUUCCCUCCAACUGGUCUCUGUUCCCUUGGACCUCUGUUGUGCAUUAGCCAUAGAUCCUGCUUGCAUAUGAUGCCUCUCCCAUGCCGGGCAUCAAAUUCACAUAGUGUUCUGCUGGAGCACUCGUAUUCUUCAUAGAAGCUCAGCUGUUAGUCUUGGAAGAGUCUGUCCAGCUUCAAAAGUCUGUCAGCUGGAGCACAGCCCCCACUGGAUUCUCAGGACUGGGUGAAAGGGGUGCUUUUGGGUCAAUCAAGAGAGUUAACCAAA